UUAACUAGUAAAUCAAUGGCCUAGAAUAAGUAGCAGGAUGGCAGUUCACACUUUUCAGACUUAGAUGGGUGCAUAAUUCCCAGCCAGCAAUUCACCAGAGCAGGGGCAGACUGACAAUUCAUGAGGCCCCCGGGAAAUAGGGGAUCAUGGGGCCCCUGUGUCCUCACCCACACUCAAACCACACCCAAAAAAGCCUAUGAAAGGUACCAGGGACAUCUCAUGGGGCCCCCUACUGACCCUGGGCCCUCGGGCAGUGCCCGAGUUCCCCAGUGGUCAGUCCGCCCCUGCUGG